CGGGGCAGGAAGUGAGUUACACUAUUCGCAUCCCUCUGUUCCCAAAGCAUCUCAGUUUCUCUAGGAAAUAAAGACUCCAUGAACUUAACCCCUUUAUUGAACAGCACUAAAACAAAGAGCUCAGGUAGCCGAUGGCCAUUUUUAUUUGAGGGGCCCUGGGAUCUGGAAGCGUUUGGUAUGUUCUUCAGAGGCUGGAACAAGUUUAUGGAGGAGGAGAAGCUUAUGACUUGUCCGUUAAUCACGACGGCCGAAUGGAACCUCCAGCUUCAGAGGCAGUAUACCUCUGAAUAUAUCUCUGGGGUGAACCAGCUGGGCUCUCUUUGAUGCCCUUUGUUCCCUUUUCCCCCUUCCCCUUCAAACUGACCCACUCCUGUCUGUGUCAGAGGUAACACAAAACCUCUGGAUCGAUCAGGGUUGGAGGAACGUGUGGCCCUCCAGUGGUCGUUGCAUCCCGGUUGUGAAUUUGCCGCUACAGUGCUGGUUAUAAUACAUAAUUAUUUCAAAGCCCCACACCUAAAUUUAAUAGGUUUAAAAAUUAGUAAAAUAUUUUUUUUCUAAAAAAAGCAUUAUUCCUAUGGAAUCCUACCACUACCCUUGCCCCGCACAUGGAGUAGUCCAAUGUGACUUCUAGUUGGAACUGGAAGUGUUGAAUGUUUUUCUUAAAAGAACCCUUUGUGUCAGCGGCUGGAAGACGGUUCUUUGCGUCUGAGAACAAGGAAAGGAGUGGGUGCAAAAUGAGUUUUGGGGCUAGAAGCAGCAGUCAAAGCAAGGAUUGGGAAAAAAGCACAAGAGGUGGCUAAGCCAUAAAAGGAGGAGGCUGGGGAAAACAAGGCCUGGUUUCCCCCUUAAAUCUGCCGGAAGAGCCGGUUUCCUCCGUCUAAAGUUGCCAGCUGACCAUAAAAAGCCCAAGCUGGCUUGCUCCUGUGCCCGUCCGAGCUGCAGAAAUCAGCAGCUGAGGCUUUUCCUCCACAGGCCUUUUUUCCUUAGCAGGAGGAGCGGUUGGUGAUUGGAGGAGCUGCUGUGGGGAAAAGCACAGGAGCAGAGUUCGGAAAGCAGGGUGUGCAAUGAAAAGCAUGGGAUGAACGAAUGAUUAAUGGGAAGAUACAAGCAAGCAAAUCAAGAUGAAGGCUCGUUGUUGCUGACCGACGUCUUUCCAUACGUUUCCAUACGUAAGAUCCCAGGUUCAAUUCCCAGGGGCAUCUGCAGGCCGUAGUUGAGCUGCAAGAGCAUCUGCUUUGCAUGCAGAGGGUCCCAGAUGCAAUCCCCAGCAUCUCCAGGUGGGGCUGGGAAAUGUCCCCUACUUGAAACUCUGGACUGGCUGCUGCCAGUCAGUGUUGACAUUACUGAGCUGGAUGGACCGACGGUUUGACUUGAUCCAAGGCAGUUUCCUGUGUUGUCUUUCUGAUAGGGAUAAGCUUCUCUCGUUCACCGGGAAGAUUCUCAAUUCGACUGGUCAUUUGUCCGCUGAGUUUCAAGGCCUGAUAAUUUUGGUUUGGGAGGGGGAGGGAGACUAUUCAGGCCUCGUCCCAAGUGGGAGAAUGAUGGCGGAGUGGAGAGAUGGGCAAGGUUUCCGGCUGAAGGCUGUGCCAGAGAAUGGGUUGAAGGUGGAGGAGAUGGACCCAGCAGGUCCUGAAACUGCCAAGGGCGUGGCGAAAAACCUUCACGCCCUCUUGGUUGGGGAUACUAAGGAAUUCUGGGAAAGAACCAUGCGCCCACAAAUUAGUCAGAGCUCGGAGGAAGGGGCACAACAGUCCCAGACGACCAAACUUCAGGGGGUUGUAAAAAUCCUCCAGUUCCUUCAGCCAUAUCCAGGUGACUUCCAGCCAUUGCUGCCAGGGCCAAGGGUGGAUGCAAAGGGGUUUAAUCCCCCUUGUGGAGCCCCCCUUGACCCCUGCCAGAAACCAAAAGGGCUAAGGGUGAUCCUAGCCCCUCCAGGCCUCUCUACGGAAUCCAGGGACAACCUUUUAGUCAAAGUUGAGCCGGGAAGUCAGAAAGUGAAGGCAGAGGUCCUCGACGAGGAAGCCGCUGGCUCGGAGAUGUCGCGCCAACGCUUCAGGCAGCUGCACUACCGAGAAGCUGACGGCCCCCAAGAAGUUUGCCAAAGCCUGCAAGAGCUUUGUCGUCAGUGGCUGAAGCCAGAGAGGCACAGCAAGGAGUGGAUCCUGGAGCUGGUGGUCCUGGAGCAGUUCUUGGCCAUGCUGCCCCAGGAAAUGGGGCGGUGGGUGAAGGAUCGCGAGCCGGACAGCUGCACCCAAGCGGUGUCCAUAGCUGAAGAGUUCUUGCUGGGGCAGUGCGAGGAAGAGGAGAAGCAGGAUUGGCAGGGGAUGCAGCACUUCAAGGCAGUGGUGGUGAAUUCCCCUGAAGCCCAGACAGCUCCAACUGGUCCCUUGAUGGAAAUCAAGCAGGAGAGCAACUGGGAUAGCAAAGCUCUCGAUGUUGAGAUGGCUUUUGGGGAAGAGCAAGAUGGCCCCCAAAACUCUGGGGAACAGGAGCAGCAACGCCCAUCGUUGGGAAGAACUGAACGCGACCCGUCUUGCUGCCCUGAUCAGGGGGACCUCACUAAGGCCCAACCUGGGAAUCCUCCGGUGGAGCAGCAAAGGAGGAAAUUCAUCAACAGUCAGGGCAGAUAUGAAGAACUGGAGGAAGAAACGGCACUGACGAAAAUCAUCCUCCAAGACGAGAGGUUGAAAACAUGCCCCGAUUGCGGGAAAGGCUUUGUGUGGAGGUCUCAGGUCAUCGAGCACCAGCGGACCCACACGGGCGAGAGGCCCUACGCCUGCUCGUACUGCGGGAAGCGCUUCAGCAGCAAGUCUUAUGUCAUUAAGCACGAGAGGAUCCACACGGGAGAGAAGCCGUACAAGUGCGCCCACUGCGAGAGGAGCUUCAGCCGGAGGGACGUCCUCGUUGCGCAUCAGCGGACUCACACGGGCGAGAAGCCGUAUAAAUGCUCCGAGUGCAAGAGGUGCUUCCGGGACCGAUCCAGCUUUUAUGUGCAUAAGAGGACUCACAAACGGGAGACGCCUGACAGACACCACCACAGACUGUGGGAAAAAGCAUAGGCGUGGCAUGUGCACCUUUUUAUUGCCUGAUGGAGAGACUGGCGAAGCGACUGCAUUGCUCAUCCAAGGAUUCACUAUGAAAGAUUCUUGCAGAGAAACUGCAUAAGUAUUCUGAAGGCUGUCCAUAACGGGUAUAAGAAUAACCACCCUCCACCCCAAAAAUAGAAAUCUUAUGAAUGUUUGCACUGAAGGGAAGAGCUUUAGACCAGGAAUGGGGAACCUGUGGCCUUCCAGAUGAUGUUGGACUCUAGUUCUCAUCAGCCCCACCAGCAUGACCAAUAGUUAGGGAUUAUGAGAAAUGUAAUCCUCCAACACCUAAAGGGCCGCAGGUUCCCCCACUCUAGACAUCUGGAGGGGCAGUGGUUCCCCACCCCUGCUUUAAACAGAGGCCUAGUUCUCACUGGGCUAUAUUUGGGCUGUUACAUUUCAGUCUACAAAUGUAGGACUCACAUGAUGGAAUACUCCUUCCCCCCCCCCAAAAAAAAAAAUCCUGCUUAUCAGACAGGAAGCUUCUCCCUGACAUGCUAGUGUUCUGUAUGCAGGGAUUUUCAUUUACUUCCUUAAAAGAAGGAAGAUUCCACCUUGUGAGACACCCCCACCUGCAGUCUGAAGUGGUAUAGCCCAGACACGGUUUUACUACUUCACUGAGGUCCAAUAUGCACAUUUCUUGAAAAAAAUGGACUGCCUUCAAGUCGACUCCAACUCAGAGGGGGUUUACCAUUGCCUUCCUCUGAGGCUGAGAGGCAGUGACUGGCCUAAGGUCACCCAGUGAGCUUCAUGGCUGUGUGGGGAUUGGAACCCUGGUCUCCUAGGUCAUAGUCCAACACUCUAACCACUAAUCAUAUCUAACCCAUAAUCAUAUCUCCCCGCCCUGCCCCCCCCCAAAAACCUUUAAAACCAGCUGUGUCAGAGAGGAUUAAAUCAGGCAUCAGUUUCGAGGCCGGGGGGCCUGCUAACCCUUUCCCUCUCCCACAUUGGUUUCUUGAUCAAAAUCACACACAACCUUCCCCAAAGCGUCUCUAAGCCCCUUGGGUGGGUGAAGGAACGAGUGGGCAGAGAGGGCCGAUGCAGGUAUCUCAGUGAUGCAGUGUCCCAGCAUUCUCUCCUCCUCAGAUGGUACAGUCCCAAGAGGCCCGUGCUGUACCGUUCUUCAAAUGAGUUGAUUGGCUGCAGGGGACCCUUCCUCAUAUUUGUGCAGCCGUCAACUCAGCUGGAGCACUACCAAGCAUACACUCACCUGCGGUGGUGGCUGGUGCCCAUUGGGACUGCUAGGGAGGAAAGCAGGAAGCCCCAACAGUAGAUGGAGCUGGAUCCAAUGACAGGCAGAGCCCACUAACCCUGGUUUUGUCCCCAUCUUCCUCCCUGUCCAAUUCGACAAGGGCACCGAUGAGAUUGAGGAGGAGGAAGCUGGCAGGCAGACUGAGGUUAAUGGGGCAGCGCCAUUGCUCGACAGCGAGCCCUGCUUCAUGACUGAAGGCCUCCGGAGGUUGCUAGACUCUCGGUCCCAUCAUCUCUGACCUUUGGCCAUGCUGGCUGGGGCUGAUGGGAGUUGGAGUCCAACAACCCCUGGAGGGUCACAGUCACUCACUCUCAUAGCUAAUCCCCCUGCACUCUGAAAUGGCCGCAUCUGUGUGAUGGAGUGUGAUUCGUGACUUACUGUCAGCAUUUAUGUGAUGGGCUGAAGGGCAACAAACUUUGCUGUUUUGCUACUGCUGGCUUGACCAAUAUCCUUUGGGAUCCUUCUAACAGUUCUGUUAAACAAUAAGAGGGUUUUUUUUCCCCCAGGGGUAGCGGGGUCUUGGCUUUUUUUUUUUUAAGAGCAACUUGAGUGCAACUUGUGUGUGCAUGUUAAAACACUCUUUUUUAAAGAGUAAGGGCUUGUUCCAGACCCUGCUAAUUUGCAGGUGGGAUUCAACCAAAUCCUGGUUGCACAAUUAUCAUUGAUAGGGAGGUGUUUUGCAACAAACCCACUUCUCGACAAACAAAUCAGAAUUAUUCUCAUUAAGUAACCAGCGUCAUCUAAACUCCCUGCAAACAAAUCAUGACGAAUGCUGAAUAAAGAUGUUGUCUGGAAGUGCCUUAAGAUAGAUGUCUUGAUUUGUUAGCCAGAGCCCAGGGAUGCUCUGAGUCGCUUGCAUUUUAGG